AUGUUUCGAUUAAUUUUCUUUCUAAACAUUUUGUUACUCAUUAUAACCCGGGUUUGUAAAGGUCACGUCGACAGCGCUAAGCUGGAAGAGGAAUGCAAAAUUGCAGACAUCUGCCGUCACGACCAAGUUCCUGUGUGUGGUAUUGAUUCUUGUGGAGAAAUGAGAACAUUUAUCGAUACCUGCGAUAUGCAUGAGUUCAACUGUGAUAGUAAGAAAGACUUCAUACAAAAACCAGUCCACGAAUGUUGGGUGACGUGCAAGCGCGGCAGAAGUUUUAAGAAAGCAGCCUACGGAGCGGAUUGCGAAAAACAAAACAUGGUGUAA